UUUUUACUGAACAAGAUACAGUUUUGAAAUAAGUGCUUCAAAAGUUACUUUGUGAUAAAAGUUUUAUUACCUUUUUGAUUAUUGGGUACUCGAAAUGAGUGUCACAACCGGUGCCCCACCGGGGGCACCUAUGGACGGCAUUUUAGAAGGUUGUGAAAAAACGUUAGAUCCUGCGAAAAAAGAUGGCGGGAAAAGAGUUUUCGAAAAAUACUUGUACGCUAACAGUGACACUGGCCCGUAUAAAGUUAUUAUUGAAAAAGAAGAAGAAAAGGACAAACCAAUUGGAAUCAAUAAGAUCUCUGUCGGAAUAGUUCUAAAGCAAAACGGUUUCACGAAAUCAAUAAUGGACAUCCGAAAAAUAGGACGCUCGAAAGUAUUGGUUUAUUUUCAAGAUUUUGCUGCAGCAAACAGGCUCGUGAGUUGUAAAAAUUUGUCUUUGAGGAAAUAUGCAGCUUAUAUUCCGAAAGGUUUCGUGUCUGUAAAGGGCGUUAUAAGUGGCAUCCCUGAAGACAUCGACGUCAAGGAGCUACAAAGUGAAAUCGAUUCAAACAAGGAGAUCUUGGAGAUUUUCCGGAUGCAUCGAUUCGUCAGUAAGGACAAUAAGGUUCCAUUAAAAAAGGUAUGUGUUGUAUUCCGUUCCAAUAAGCUUCCGGAUUCAGUAAGAAUAUAUGCGGUUAAUAUGAGAGUGGAGGCAUAUGUAAACAGAGCGGUCAUGUGCAACGCCUGUUUAAGGUAUGGUCAUAAAGCCGAUAACUGCAAAGGUAGGAAACGAUGUGAUAACUGUGGAAACGCGGAAGAUGAAAAUCACGAUAUCAAAAAUUGCGUCAACCUGACGAAAUGUGUGCACUGCAAGGAAAGCCACAAAGCGUCAGACCCCAAAUGUCCGGAAAGAGCUAAGCAGGCAGCCAUUAAGAAAUUGAUGGCUUGCCAAAAUUUAACCUUCCAAGAAGCUAAAGAAGAGUUCAGGGUGGAAACUCGUAAUGGAUUCGAUAUUCUCUCCAACAUGAGAGAAUUUCCGAGCAUUUACGAAAGUUUUGCGACAGUGACUGCGAAAAGCGUUAAGCCUCCAACAAAACCACAAAAUCAACCUAGAAAACCAGUUGCUUCUACUAGCGCAAGUGGUGGAAAUAGUGGGCAAACUAGGGUAAACAUUCAACACAUUCAGAAAACGAAACAAAGCGUAAACAACGCUGAUGACGAUAGUUGCAGUUCGGUACAACCAAAAAAACGAAAAACACAUACAUCUUCAGAUCCAAAUGAUGAUACGGAAAAUCAACAAAUGAUGCCCGUACAACAAUACUUGGAACUUCGAAAACGGUGGGAUGACCAAAUGCAAAUAUUGGCAAACCAGAGAGAGAGUUAUAAGUCUGCUAUGAAGAAGUCAUACACUGAACCAAAUUAGGCGAUUAAAUUUAUAAGGUCAUUCUAAUAAAUCUUACUAUUCACAGUCAAAUUUUAGCUACUAAAUUAUCCUUUGAAAGAUAUAGCAAAAUCCAAUAAAUUGUAUCUGCUUCACUCACUUGGUGAAAUGCAUAGGACAAUCCAAUAAUUAUGAAACCAAAUUGGGCUAUAAAAUUUAUAGGGUCAAUCUAAUAAAUCUUAUCAUUCAGUGUUUGAUAGAAACUAACGAUAAAUCCAUUACGAAAUAUGGAAAAAUCCAAUGAAUUUCAUAAGCUUGUUCUACCUAGGAAAACAUAUAUAAAAUUCCUAUACAUUUCAUCAUUCAAAAGUUAGUAUACAUGUUGGCGUGUCCGUUUCAAUUCUGUUUGGAGAACAUAAAUCAAGAAGAACGAUUGUUUGUGUUGAGCCAGUAAUUUUUGACCGGAAGAUUUUACCAGUUGAAUGGCAGCAAACAAAACUAAAAUACCAUCGCCGUGAUAAAAGCUAAACAUUUAUGAACGUAAAAUACGGGACUUAAAAUGACGGCCAGCAGCGGAGAAAUACAGAUCCGGACUUCAGCUAGUAAGCACACGGUUCCAUUCUUUGCCAUGCAUAGGAAAAACAUCAAUCCACCAGAACAGCAGCGCCCGACCAGCUGAAUCAGGAUUUAUGCACCAGCCAUGAUCAAUGCAUGGAACCGCAUCCUCAUCAAUAAGUGUUUGAAGUGCAGUGCAGUAUAACGUUUACAUUUUUGGAAGAUUUGUUGUAAUAAAUGUUUAACGAGAUCAAUUUAGUUAUUUAUAUGAAUAAGAUGGAAAAUAGAAAUUGAAUUACAGGCGUAUUUGAUUGCAAUGAUGGAACCAUUCAUAACACUAGAUUAGAUAAUAAAUCAUAAUAAUUUCGC